AUGGCAUCUGACGAUCAGCAGCAAUCCAGCAUGCUGGAGGCUCUACAGGAGAUUCAGCGGACGCAGGCUCUUCUAGUGAACGCGGUCGAAUCGCUUUCUGGUAGAUCAAUCGAGGAAUCAGGUGGAGAUGUUGGCAAGAACACCAUCCUUGAGCCAGGUUCUCGUGAAGAUGACAAUGAAGGCGGAACCCCUUCAGUAGAUGUUCCUGCUGCCUCUGGAGACAAAUUGAAAGCUCCUGCGCUUCCCUCGCCCGACCAGCGCCAGCAGCAAGGAUUCACAUCGCGUAUUAUUCUGACGACUUACCCCAAGCAGAUUGGAAUUAAUCCUUUGCCCAUGGACUGGGGAAAUCAAGACCCCGUUAAGCGUGGCCCUAUCGUAGUUUCAAGGGCUACUUCUACUAUUCGACGUCGUAAUGGUUCUGGUGGUUCGUACUCGAUCUACUAUGCCCUCGCCGUUGCCAGCAACGAACUGAACGCCGACCACCGUCCCGACUUCACCAACACCGAGCCGGCUGCGAACAUUGGCCCUUUCCCUCAAUGGGGAGACCCCAAGAAGAUCGUUGCCAUGGACCCCUGGGGACAUCUCGCUCCUUGGCUGUUCAAGGACACCAUCGAGAAGGACAACGUCGAUAUUCGACCGACCAUUGCCAUUACCAAGGCUCAUAUGAAGCUUCCUGAACUUGCCGAGAGUGUCAAGGCCGGUCGACUGGUACCCGAUGGCAAGGUUUGCCUCAAUGAUCAGGGUGAAUUGGCUGUCACCAAGUUUGCCGUUGAGCCAGUCUGGUACCUCCCCGGUGUGGCGGAGCGAUUCGGUAUUGACGAGGCCACCCUACGACGUUCCCUGUUUGAGCACACAGGAGGAAGCUACCCUGAGCUUAUCACCCGCGGAGACAUUAAAGUAUUCCUUCCUCCGAUUGGUGGUCUCACUGUGUACUGCUUCGGAGAUCCAGCUAAGAUGUCGGAUGAAUCGGUUCGACUGUCUCUGCGAAUCCACGACGAGUGCAACGGUAGCGACGUGUUCGGAUCUGAUAUCUGCACUUGCCGUCCUUACUUGAUCUUUGGUAUCGAGGAGGCGGUCAAAGAGGCUCAGAAUGGUGGCAGUGGUGUUGUCAUCUACUUCAGAAAGGAAGGCCUGGUCUACAACGCCCGUAAACGCGGAGCCGAUCGCGCAUCAGACUAUUUCAAGAGGACCGAGAACAUUGCAGGUGUCAAAGACAUGCGAUUCCAGGCUCUCAUGCCGGAUAUCCUGCACUGGCUGGGCAUCAAGAAGAUUGACAGGAUGCUUAGCAUGAGCAACAUGAAGCAUGAUGCGAUUGUUGGACAGGGAAUCCCUAUUCAUGAGAGGGUCGAGCUUCCAGAAGAACUGAUACCCGCUGACUCGCGAGUCGAAAUUGACGCCAAGAUUACAGCUGGCUACUUUACCACUGGUAAACGCAUGACUACCGAAGAGCUCCAGGCGGUCCAGGGACGAAUAUGGGAAGACUUUGACCAUUAA